AUGGCCGACCAACACCCCGUCCCCGAGAGUGAACCGAUCCCGCAACAAGACGCUAGCGGCGUCACUGGCAUUGGAAACGGACCGCAGGUCCUCAGCACUUCAGGUGGCCUCGAUGUCAUUGCCGGUCCUCUUCUCAACUACAGGCGCACCAGCAACCAGCAGACUGGACAGCCAAUUUGGCAUGGAAGUGUCCUGAUCGUCACCACACCUGGACAACAGAACCCCCAGCUCGUGCUGUCACCGGCUGGCGCAGUCGACGCGAGUGCAGGCAAUGCGGCCUUUAGCGUAGAGGCGAGGACAUUCCACGGCGAGAAGCUGUACGAGGAUCCCAAGAGGGCGUUCUGGCGCUUCAUCAUCGAAGCCCCCUUCCAACAGUUUGAGUCGCGAUGGCAAUACGAUAUCCAGAACCUGGUCUACGUCGACCGCCAGAAGCUCGAGAAGCCGCAGGUCUUCGUUGUCCCCGCCGCGUCCCAGUCCAUGCGCAUCAUGUUCCACUCCUGCAACGGCUUCAGUGUAGGCACUGACGUUGAGGCUUGGUCUGGCCCGGCGCUCUGGAACGACGUACUCCGCAUGCACGAGCAAAGGCCUUUCCACGUCAUGAUUGGCGGUGGCGAUCAGAUUUACAACGAUGGAGUGCGUGUGGAUGGACCGUUGAAGGCCUGGACGGCGAUUAGCAACCCGCACAAGCGCCGCGAUUAUCCCUUUGGCCGGCAGAUGCGCGACGACUGCGAUGAGUACUACUUCAACAACUAUGUGAAGUGGUAUGGUCAGCGUCCGUUCUCGACUGCCAACAGCCAGAUCGCCCAGGUCAACAUCUGGGACGACCACGAUAUCAUUGAUGGCUUCGGCUCGUAUACCGAUCACUUCAUGAAGUGCGCUGUCUUCAGAGGUAUUGGCGGUGUUGCGCACAAGUACUACCUACUCUUCCAGCACCACCUUGCUCCCCCGAAGAGCACGUACACUACCGAUGCACCCAAGACAACGGAUGUGGCUGCGCAUAGCACAACUGGCACUACGCCUGCCGAUCCUGUACAGGUCAAGGACACAUUCGUCAUGACGGACGAUGUAGGCGACCCAUCAUACAUCAUUGGACACAAGCCGGGGCCAUACGUCGAGGAGCGCAGUCGCAGCAUCUACUGCCAGCUUGGCGCCCGCAUUGCCUUUGCUGGUAUUGAUGCGAGAACCGAGCGCACUCGUCAUCAGAUCAACUAUCCCGAGACCUACAAGGCUCUAUUUGAUCGUCUGGACAAGGAAUACUCAGCCAACAAGGAUUUGAAGCAUCUCAUCUUGCUGCUUGGUGUUCCCAUCGCCUACCCACGUCUGAUCUGGUUGGAGAACAUCCUUCAGUCGCCACUCAUUGCGCCCAUCAAGUUCCUGAACAAGCGCUUUGGUCUGGCUGGUAGCUUCUUCAACCAGUUCGACGGCAAAGUCGAUUUGCUCGAUGACUUGGACGACCACUACACGGCGCGCCAGCACAAGACUGAGCGCCGCGAGCUCAUCCAGAUGCUCCAGAACUUCUCUAAGAAGCACUCCGCUCGCGUGACCAUCCUCGGAGGAGACGUUCAUCUGGGUGCCAUCGGCCGCUUCUACUCGAACCCCAAACACGCCAUCCCCGCUGAGCAGGAUUGGCGGUACAUCCCCAACAUCAUCAGCUCUGCCAUCACCAACAAGCCACCUCCCCAGGCCGUUGCCAAUCUCCUUGCCCGCCGCAACAAGGUCCACCACCUCGACCACGACACGGACGAGACGCUCCUGGAGAUCUUCGACCGCGACCCAGGCCUCGACUCCAACGGCCAGAAGAUCAACACCAACGGCACCACCCGCACCGACACGAGCCUGACAAACGGCAACGUCGACCUCCCCGGCGACGACAAAAUCGACAAGAAAACAAGCGACAAAAACCACGCCACCAUGCCGUCCCGCAACUACGCCAUAAUCUGCGAAUCUGCUACUCCCCCAUCAGCCACUCUAUCAGCCCCCGCGCCAGCACCAGGCCAAGCUCCGUCCGUCACCAGCGCGACUUCCGCACUCUCCGCGCCCCCAACUAAGAAGGAUAAUCCCCGCCACCCGAUCCACAUCGGCGAGCAGGGCGCGGGUACGCAGCAUCCUGCCGCCAAUGGCCUGGCGCCAACGGGUCUUUGCGGACCGUAUGGAUUGGAUGUGGCUCUCAGGGUGGAGAUUAGUAAUAGCGAUCGCGAGGGCAGGACGGAUGGGUAUGGAUUUAGCAUUCCCGGGUUGGUGGUGGGCGAGGGGUUGAAGGAGCAGGGGAGUAGAUGGUAGAGGGGAAUGGAGGGUAAUGGGUAGAAGGGGGAAAGGAAGAGUGUGUGCGUGAUUUUGUGGACUUAUACCCUGUAUCUUGCGUUAGUCUGUUGUAGUGUUUGUAAUCUAAAUGGUUGAUUUUCA